CUCCGUUAGUAAAACUAAAAUAGUAAAAAAAACAUGUUUUACGAAUACUGUAUCCGGAACUCAAUGUGACCUCUGACCCAACGUGAAGCGUAGGCCUAGUGGCGCUGGACGAGGCGGCGUGCGGUGGCAGGUCUUAAGGAGUUGACCUGAUCUUGGAGUCGUGACGUCAUCGCAGUGGGUCGGAGAUGCUUUCUCACUAUCUUCUGAAAAAAAUUUCCAAGAAGAUCCUAAUCUGACAAUUGUUCUGCAGUCAUUUAGCAAGGAUAAGUUUAACUCAUGUUACAUAUACACUGAAUCCUUUCACGUCGAUUCUUCAUACCGCCACAAGUAAAUCCACAGAAAAUGUUUUGGCAUUUAAUGAAUAUUUAUACCUGAAAUGAGUAAUAGAGAAUAAUAUAGUUUUUCAUUAUCCAUUUGGUUAUAUUUUUCAACCUCAAUAAAUUGGACAUUCAAUUGAAACAUUCGAUUUGUAGUUUAAUUAAUGUGACAAGAUGACUGAUAAAGGUUACCCUGUUAAAGACUGGGAUUUACCAAUGCCUAGCGAAAGUACAGAUGAUCAAUGUGUGUUUGAAGUGCUACAAACAUUUGGACUUUCACAGGAAGACUUGCACAGUCUUAGCCAGUACUCAGCAGAAGAGCUCACUGUAGAAAACCUUCCAGGCAUCCUUCAAACCUACAUGAAGAAAAAGUUAGCGCAAACACAGAUCUCAAGUACGGAUCAGUCGACUCAUUCAACGCCACCUGCCUCUCUCCCAACAUCUGUGCAAGGGCAACAAAUAAGAAAGUAUCCUUCACCUUCGCCACCGUCUAUCUUGCACUCAAGAUCUGGACAUACGCUGAAAGGAAGAUUGGAUCCGUCAGCUUCAUCGCAACCCGUCUCUCGUUCAGAACCCCAACGUGUGCAAAAAGAAUGGGGUCAUCGUUCACAUUUAUCACCGUCUGUCAAUUAUGAGAAACCUCCAUGUGAGAACAAUCGGAGCCCUCGCCGGUCUUCUUCACUGGCAGCUGUUUCCCACUUCACAGCUUUACAGGUGCAAAAAGCACGGGAGCCAUAUCGUUCACGGUCACCUUCGCCGCUGCCUGUCAUACGCUCGACGUUUGAACAUAUAAAUACGUCAGGAACUGGUCAGCCGUCUUCAAAGCCAUCCGCGUUUGUCGCCCACAGUGACAAGGGCGCCAGUAGCCUCGCACACAUGGUGGAUAAUUCUUUUGAGGAUGCUCCAGUUGUGGAUUAUGAUCAUGGCUUUUCAUCUAAAGAGAGAGUGAAAGAGAAACGGUUCACAUUUUCCGAUGCCACAAAGGCGAAAUUGGACCAGUUUGGACAGACUUAUGAAAGAAAGUCACCGGUGGAGAAACCCAAAAGGAGUAAUUAUACCCAAGAUAUAGCUGCACCUUUGCAGCAUCAUGCAGAGAAAAUACGUGUGAUACAAUCUAGGCAUCGGGAGGCUCAGAAGGACAUUGUAGAAUCCCAACCGUCUCGGCAUCAAACAGAGGAUUCUAGUUCAUGUUCCGGGACUAAAAUAAUACAACCACAAUCAGAAAGUACUGAGAAAUUAAAAAAAACACAGCGAGGGCAAGGGGUCGAUUUAAACCAGCGCAUUGAUGCUCUUCGAUUAUUUCUACUUGAUCAACAGAAACUACAACAUUCUAAAAACAUUCAAAACAAAGGACAACAAAUUGAAGGCCCCUCAGUUGAAAAUUUAGAGCAGAAGCAAAUACAGAACCUUGCAAUCGAAUUGAAUCCGCUGCCGCAAGAACAGAUGCCUUCAGUUAACAUUACCCAUCAAUCAAUGCAGGGCUCUCAUGGCUUCCAGCAACAUGUACCAAUAUGUGCACCUCCAGUAUUUGAAAGUAUACCACCACAGCCAGUAUUUGAAAGUUUUCCACCACCACAGCCAGUAUUUCAAAGUUUUCCACCACCACAGUUUUUUGGGAAUAUAGCACCACCACAAACAAACAUAAUAUCAGGAUAUGUCGGACUUUCUCAACCAAACCCACCGAUUCAUGGUCAUCUGGGUGGUGGUAAUGUCUACCCACCAUUCCUAGGAUAUGCUGGACCUUCACCACCAAUCCCACCUGUGAUUGUGGAUCCAAGCAUUCGAAAUAUAGCACCAUCUCCAUUCCCAGUAUAUGGUAAACCUCCACAAGUAAAUCUACCAAUGCCUGCGACUUUGGGAUUCAACAACGUACCUCCUUAUUUUCAUGCAAAUCCAAGCCCUUCACCAAGUUGGCCACCAAUGUUUCCUCCUCCCCAAACAAUCAACAAUGUUUAUCCAACUUUCCCAGGAACUGCAGGACCUCCGCAGACAAACCCAACGAUGCCUCCGCUGCCGACAGGAUAUCCACCGCGAAUGUAUUCCAUUACACAAACACCAGGCACAAAUGUCAGUCGACAAUGGAUAACAAAAGGACCCAAUAAAUCCUCCACCAAUCUCAGAAUUCUGACAAAUGUGUCACAUGGGUUAAACCCUUAUCAGCAUAAAUCCUCUUCCACCUCCGAGACUGUACAAGCCAAAUUAGAAACUCCAAGUGUUUGUGAAGCAAAGAAAACAGAGAUCAGCGCUGAUCCCCGUGGCAAUGAAGUAGACAACAAAACAUCGGAUGAUAUGUCAUUCAGACAAAGAGGUUAUCCCUUGCUUGAAGAGAUGCAAAAUUAUAUUGGGGAUUAUCGACACAAUAAAACUUUGAAAUGCUUCUUAUGCAGUUGCAGUUUUGACAACCAAACGGAACUGGACGACCACCUGAGGAAUCCCUUACAUAAGAUGAGCAUUCAAAUUUUCAGUAUCCAGUUUCGCACUGAAUUGAACAACAUGAAUUAUUUCAGAUAUGAUACCGACAACAUGAAAUCGACAAAGGCAGUUCCAAAACAUCAAUCUGCAGAUGGGGUUAAACCUGAUCUUUGUAAAGAUGGAAAAGAUGCCAAGCCUGCUAUAAAUGUUGAACCCCCUAGCAGUGUUAAACCUGUGGUUCAAGAUAAAUCAGUUACUGAUAACACCAAACCAGUUGAUACGAAAUCUACCGGUAUUGUUACCACUGCUACUGUGGCCAAACAAGCGUCUAGUGUUUCUGUAGCUACCCCUGUCAGUUCCACGAACACUAAUAUCAGCAAAGCAGUCCCAGCUGCCAUCGAGAAUCCCAGUUUUCUGCAGCGUGACCAACCAACACAGGCAGAGAUUUCCAACUACAAUGGGUUUUUCCCAAGAAGGAACGGCGUGUUUACAUGCCAUUUUUGUAUGAUCGUCUGUAAAUCUUCUCAGGAAAUGUUGGUCCACAGGAAUAUACAGGAACAUUCGAGCCAACGGAAUGCAUUUGGCAAAAGGUUUGCUAAAGAGCUACUGUGUAUGAGACUACGCAGAAAAGUAGAUCGUCCUCCGAAAGUUGUGGCAGCAACUAUAAAAUCUGCUGACGACACUGAGCAGUCUGCUCAAGCAGCCAAAAUCAAGACAUCACAGCCACAUGCACUGUCUGCCAAAGACACAGCGCCUGUACAAACUGAGGGUGGGAACAUUUUACAACCAGAAGUACCUGCCACUGCGUCUACGGAGUCUGUACAAACAGCUGAUGUGAAGACGUCGGAUUCAGCAUCUAAGACUGCGCCCGUCGGCGCUCCUUCAAAGCCGUCAGAUGUCGAGCCUCGGCUUGUCAAAACCGUGGCAGGAGCAGAGUCUCGGAACAGGCGUCCGGGGAAGGUGAUCGUCCAGUCCCGACACGCAACGAGCAAAGCUCCGGGAGACGGGCACGCCGGCGACCGGGGAGAUGCAACGGUGACGACUACGUCAGCCUCGACGAACAAGGAGAGAGGCGACGAUGUGCCGGGUGGAGAGACGAAGACAGCGGAGGAAGUGGAAAGACGGCAGUCGCACGGGUGUCUGACACGAGAGAGCGCCGUUCGUAGCUUGCAGAAAGGGCCCACAGCCAAGGCACUCGGAGAAACGAGCAAUGAUGCACGAGGACCCAAGGAGAACAAGCUGAUGAUGAAACGUAGUGCGGCCUAAUGGUGAGAAA